AUGCUACGGUGCGAUCCAUGUUGCUAUACGGGUCAGAAACUUUGCCGAUGCGCUCCAAGGACGUCAACUAACUCAGUGUUUUACCAACGAUGUCUUAGGAGCAUUGCCAGGGUCUGGUGGAAACAUCGGAUAAGCACUGUUGAAAUACGUAAACUGUAUUCGGAAGAAAUAACUCGCCCACGACAGAUGAGCUCAGGUACAAUGUCUGGUGGGGCAUCGUUGUUCAACAAAAUUGACGAUGUCUUGCUUUCGAAAUUGGAAUCCGGACAAUGGCGUGAACGUGGAGAUACACUGGAUCAAAUUGCGAAGCACCUUGAGAUACCAGUCCUUCCAAGUGGCAACUAUGGGCCACUCAUAAAGGCUCUCCUUCAGGUCGUGGAAGCGGACAAAAAUCGACAGCUCGUAUUGCGGGCCGUCGGAAUUCUGCAGCAACUGGCCCAAGGGUUACGAAAAAGUUUUGUUCCACACGCGGAGCGUACACUGUCCGUAUGUUUGAACAGGUGCAAGGAGAACAAUCAGGGCAUUGUUCAAGCCCUACGCUCUGCUUCGCAAACGGUGGUCGAUCUGGCAACUAAAUGUGCUGCACCAGGACGCCUCAUGUUUCAGUAA